GGUAGGAGGUUGGUUUCCUGCAAAAAAGUUUGUUUUGUGAAAAUAGACGGAAUAUAUUGGUUUUAAACUCAAGAACUUCAUGCAAACUCUCGCCUAAAACCCUUCUGUCAUUUCUCUCAUGAAGAGCCAGGCCUGACCUCUUGCAGGAUGGAGGUGGUCCUCUCUGGCCCACAGAAACUGCCGGAGCCCCUCAGGAGGGGGACCCCUGUGCCUCUGAGCCAGCUGGUGGAGGAGAGCAGGAGCAAAGCAAAUACUCCCAACCAUCUUCUGGAAUCAAAAAUCUAUGCCAAACUGAAAAGCAACAGCCUGAUCCAAGCAGAGCCCGCAGAGCUUCACUUCAGUGGGUUUGAGCUGGGGAAGGAUUACGUAAAGAUCCUGAAACUAAUCAACAUCUCAUCUGAAGUUAUGAAUAUUCAUGUCAUACCCACUCAAACCAAGCACUUCCAAACAACUUACACCAAAAAGUAUCGACUCAUCCCGGGCCUCGCCUACACACUGAGGGUCAGGCUGUGUCCCGACGAGUGGCGCUACUUCUAUGACUGCAUUCGGGUUCACUGCAAGGGGGAGGAGAACCUGUUAAUUCCAGUUCAUGCUUACCCUGUCAUCGAUGACCUGCGCAUCCCUCCUCACAUCGACCUGUCAGCCGUGCCACUUGGAACCAGUGUUUGCCAGGCUAUUCCUCUGAGAUGCAGCUGCCCCAUCGACUUUGAGUUCCAGGUGCAAGUUAUCCAGCCCCACGAGGCCUUCUCCAUCCAGCCCCUCACAGGUGUGAUACCAGCCAAUGGAGAAGAGAAUAUCAUGGUGACCUUCAGUCCUUUCCAAUACGAGACGUGUCAGCUCACCUUCCAGCUGAUCAUCUCUCAGUUCAACAGCAGACCCUUCCUCUGCACCAUCAGUGGGAGCUGCACCCCUCACUUGGCCCUCAGUGAGUUGGGAAAGAAGGCGGGUCAUGGGGAUGCAGUUCGAUACACAGGACCUUCACCUGUCACUCAAGUGCCCCGUCAAAGUAAAACCAAACUCAGGUCGACUAAGGAGGCUGACAAAUCAAAGACACUGAGAGACCAAGCGAGUGUUCAGGCUGGACUGAAGCCUCCGGUAGAUGUCUGCACUCCUGCAGGCGUGGCAAAGAUGCUGAUCAAAGACACUGAUAAACUCAGCUCUAAAGACCUGAAGGAAGCCAUAUCGUGUGGCAGCAUGGCUGGUCUGCACAACAGGCAGAUGAAGGAAGCCCUCUUCAGGAAGAAGGUUCAACAACACGUGAAGGAGGAGCAGGCCAACCGCGUCAGAUGGCAAGUUCGUGUUGGUAAGGACCCGGUGUCGGAGCACAGCAGGAGGCAGAUAGCGGAGGAGAGAGAGAUUGCGCUGCACGAAUACAUGGUGAGAAUUUCCCCUUAA